UAAGGUUCUCAGCUUCCAUUUUCUACAAGAAAAGAAAUAAUAAUUUAUCCAAAUCUAUAUCUCCUCUCCGAUUUGAUUUUGUUUUCAAAAUACAUUCUUUCAAUCAGAACGAAGACGACAACAAUGGAAGAACUUUUCCCAUCCUUGCCUGAAGAAUGCUGGGAAUUGAUCUUCAAUUUCCUCCUCCACCGCCGUCACACCCACCAUUUAGAAUCUCUAUCACUCGUCUGUAAGCAAUUCUUCUCCAUCACCAACAAGCUUCGAACUACACUCAGAAUCUCCGAUUUAACUAUCCCCGCUAUUCCCCGCAUAUACUCCAGAUUCCCCAACCUCAAACGGAUUGAUCUUAGCCACUUCAACGGCGUUCUCGAUGGCAUUCUUGUUGGAAUCGCACAAUCCGGAUUGGAUAUUGAGUCGCUCGAUAUCUCUAAUCAGAAGACUAUUCCGGUUGAUGAUCUAAUGGUAUUUGGAUCGGCGAUGCAGAAUUUGAGGGUUUUGGUUUGUUCUAAGAUUAAGUUACUACCUGAUGAGCAUCUGGUUGUGAUUGGUAAAGCGUUUCCGAAUCUUGAAGAGCUCGAUAUUAGUUAUCCUACUAAUGUUCUCGGUUAUCAUAAUUUCGUUGAGAUUGAGGGUGAAGUUACGGAUUCGGGGUUUCUCGCUUUGAUUCAGAGAUUGCCGCGUCUUUGUAAGGUAAAUCUCUCUGGAAUUACGUUUGUUACUGAUAAAUCACUUCUAGCUCUAGCAACGGGAUGUAUGAUGCUUAGAGAAAUAGUGAUUUGUGAUUGUGAUUUCAUUACUCGAUCGGGUAUUGCAAAGGCCCUGUCCCAGAACCCUAAUUUGCGUUCAAUUUCCGCAAAUUGGGUAGGGAUGCCCUCUAUUCGUUCCGAUCUUAUUCAAUGGUUUGAUUCUUUGCAAAAUUUAACUUCUCUUGUUCUUUACGAUUCAAAUAUUUCGGAUGAAGUCCUGAAUUCAGUAGCAAAUUCAUGUUUGUCAUUGAAGAAGUUCGUUCUUUCACGUUGUAGCAACUUUUCGUUAUCUGGAAUUUUGUUGCUGUUGUACAAGAAUCUUCCGAUUGAAUGGUUUGGUCUUGAAGCAGCUGAAUUCCUAACUGAUGAAUCUGUAAAGGAGUUAUCAGAAUUUCUCCCAAUGGUGAAAUUCAUAAACCUUAGCAAUUGCUCUAAUCUGACCUGUUCCUCCUUGUUCAUCCUGGCGAGAAACUGCCCUGCUUUAACUAAUAUAAACAUGAAGAAUGUUAAUCUCAAGAACGAACACUACACAACAGAUUUUGUCAACAGUCAACUAAUGUCUCUGGAUUUAUCCGAGAACAAGAAUUUAUGCAACGAGGGACUGGGAAAAAUUGCUUCCAGUUUUCCAAAUUUGGAGCUGUUGAAACUGAACCAUUGUGGAGGAAUCACAGACGAAGGAAUUGGAGAGGUUCUGAGUGUAUGCACUAAGAUUAGGCAUUUGGAAUUGAAUUUCUGUACGGGAAUCAAGAACAUAGUGAUGAAGUUUCAACUUUCAGCAAUGGAGGUACUAAGAUUACAGAGAUUAUUAAUUGAGGAUUCAACAUUAGCAAUGGUUGGAAGAAGAUGCCCUUCUUUAAUUCAUCUGGAUUUGUUGGGGUGUACAAAAGUGACAACAGAAGGGGUGAUGGAGGUGGUGAGAAAUUGCAGAGGAUUGAGGGAAAUUAACAUUUGGGAUUGCUGUGAAAUUGGUGUCGGUAUUGUUCCAUUGAUGGUUUUCUCAAGGCCAUCUCUGAGGGAGAUAGUGCAAACCAAUUCUCUUCUUAGUGCUAAUCUAAAGAAUUUUUUCUUGAGCCAUGGAUGUGUGGUCUACGAUGAUGGAUCUUUCUGGGAUCUAAAGGGCUUCUCCUAGAAUAGUCUCUUGUGAGUUUACUGCUUCCUUCCUGCUAUGGCUGAAGUCCUAAUUGGAGAGAGAGAUUUGGUCAUCUAUGCCUUAACAGGCAGGUUAGCCGUUCUAAUUCAUUUCAAAUUCUCUCUUUUAGGCUAAACUUAUCAUGAUCUAAUUGUACAUUGAGAUUAUAUUUGAGUAAUCGCAUAAUUUGAUAAUUACGUA